AUGCAUGGUGGGGAGAAAGCUCCUAAAAGAACAACGGAAAUACGCACUGCAUGUGCUCAGGUUUGCGGCCAAGACAGAAGCGGGCGCUCUUGCGCGAAGAUCGUCUGCGUGAAUGUACACAGAAAUGGUGAAGAGAACAGAAAGAAGAUGUAUGCUGUAAUAGACGACCAGAGUAACCGGUCAUUAGUAAGACCAGAAUUCUUUGACAUUUUCCUAGGGAGCUUUGAAGAGAUGGCUUACUCCUUAACUUCAUGUUCCGGUACUGUUAACACAAGUGGCCGCAGAGCUAGUGGUUUCAUAGUAGAAAACCUAGACGGAACGAGGUGCUUUGAGCUUCCACCACUUACAGAAUGCACUCAAAUUCCCGACAUUCGAGCUGAAAUACCAACACCUGAGGUAGCAAGAGCCUAUCCGCAUUUAGAAGAUUUGGCCGAAAAAAUCCCAGAACUUGAUGAUCAAGCGCCUAUUCUGAUGCUCAUUGGAAGAGAUUUAGCAGAAGCGCAUCACGUCCUUAAACAGAGACUUGGACCAAACGGGUGCCCAUUCGCGCAAGAGCUCAGUCUCGGUUGGGUCAUCAUCGGUGAAACGUGCCUCGGGAAAGUGCAUGUUCCGAAAAUGGUGUGUGUAAACAAGACUUACAUUCGUGAACCAAACAGAGCAUCUAUAUUUCCUCCAUGUGAAAAUAGUCUCUUGCUUAAAGACAGUCUAACAGAUCAAUCUUCAGACAUUCUGAAUGACAUUUUUGCCCAUACCCCGGAUGAUGACAGAUUAGGUCUUUCUGCUGAGGAUGAGGAGUUUCUCGAAAUCAUGAAAAAAGACUUAAAGAAGUUACCAGAGGGUUGGUCAGCCCCUCUUCCAUUCCAUAACCCGAGACAAAGACUUCCAAAUAACAGAAACCAAGCUUUGAAGAGGACGCAUUCCUUACAAGCAUCAUUGAAAAGAGACCCAAAGAAGCAGAAACACUUCCUCGAGUUCAUGGCAGGGAUUUUCGAAAACAGCUAUGCUGCGCCAGCUCCUCCGUUACAGCCUAAAGAAGAAUGCUGGUACCUGCCCAUUUUCGGCGUGUAUAAUGCUAAGAAAAAAGACCAAAUUCGAGUAGUUUUUGAUUCAGCUGCACAAUACCAAGGGGCUUCAUUGAACUCAGUACUUAUUCAAGGACCAAAUCUGAUGAAUAGCCUUUUGGGAGUUUUAAUGAGAUUUAGACGACACCCUGUUGCAGUUACUGCUGAUAUACGCCAGAUAUUCUUCCAAUUCCGCGUGCAUGAGACGCACAGAAACUACCUGCGCUUCAUAUGGUUUAAAGACAACGAUCCGGACCAAGAACUGGUAGAGUACCGAAUGUGCUCACACGUCUUUGGCAAUUCACCUUCCCCGGCUAUAGCAGCGUAUGGCUUGAAAAAGACUGCAAUAGAGAUGGAACCUGUUUAUGGUACAGACGUAAGAGAAUUCGUGGAGAGAGACUUUUAUGUAGGUGACGCGCUAUCAUCUUUUCCUGAUGCUACAACAGCUGUAGACCUGGUAACCCGGACUCAAAGGGCUCUUCAAGAGGGAGGCAAUCUCCGUCUGCAUAAGAUUGCUUCAAACAACAAAGAUGUGAUGAAAGCAUUUCCAAAGGCUGACUUGGCUAAAGAACUUCAAGACAUAAGCAUAGGGUCAGACACUCUACCUACCCAGAGAAGCCUAGGUAUGAAUUGGAAAUUGGAGACAGAUUCUUUCACAUACAGUGUGUCAAAAGAUGAAAAGCCAUUAACCCGCAGAGGAGUGCUGUCAACGGUGAACUCGCUGUUUGAUCCCUUAGGUUUCGUGGCUCCAGUUAUCAACUAG